GCAGAGUGUUGAGGAUGUGCAACCAUGGGGUGACAUUUUUAUCCUAAUAAUGUUAUCUUUAAUCCUAAUAAUGUUAUCUUAAUGUUAUGUUACACAGUAUUUAUUGGAUUUAAACCUUAAACUGUAAGUUUAAGAAUAUAAAACACACCUGUAAGGUUUACGGUGACGAGCAGAAUUCAGUUACAGUUUUCUAGCAAUACCAUAGCUGCCAUGACUUCAAGUGAUGAGCAGCUGUUGUCUGAAACCAAGCUCAUAGAUGCCUGGUUCCACGCCCCCAGUGGGAAGAAAAAACUCUCCAAGAGCAUAAGGAAGAAACCUUGAAAGGAACCAAGACUGAUAUGGAGAACCCAUCCUCCUUUGGUGGAUAUUGGACAGCACAACAGGAAAAGAAUAAACAAUAAUUAACAAAAGCAAUUCAAGCGAAAAUAAGCAGUAGACGUCUAUUUUGGGUUCCUAAAAAUCAAUUUGAUUCUUCUCACGUGAGCUGCAAUUUAUGGCUAGAAAAAUUGUAAUAAAAAAAUCACUUUCAUAAAUAUUAUUUGUUACUUUUUGGUUAUAAAAAGUACGUAUUGCUCCUUUAAACAAGGCCUUUGUGCUCCGCAUCUGUAUAAUAGUAUAUUCAAUUGCAUUCCAUAGGUUUUGAUGGUGCUUAGAUUAUUUUGAAGGGGAAAGAUGAGCGGAGUGGAAGAAAAAAACCCAAAAAAAACAAUCUACUUCCGGUUACAGUUACGUAUUGUUGCUGAGCUCACCUAGCCCAGCUACGUUAGCUUUUAUUUUUUAGCUGUUUGAAGCUUUUCAAUGCUAGCCUUGUAGCUAGCUUACAUUUUGUUUAAGAAAUGUCAGCAUUGUCCCAACUUGAGUUAAAUGGCUGCAGAAAACUCUUGAAACUCCUACCAGCGGACGAUCUGUUGACACUGAAAGAUACCGUGACAAAUCGGAUGAUUGCUGUAGAGAGUUCAAGAGAAGCAAUUGAAGCGAUCAUAACCUACUCUCAGAAUUCGGAAGAACUUCUCAAAAGGAAAAAAGUACACCGUGACAUAAUAUUUAAGUACCUCACCAUAGAAGGUGUUGUGGUUCCGCCAAAUAGUGAAAAACAGCAGUUGGUUAAAAGGACUCUUGAGUUAUGGUCGUCUGGCAAUAACUCUGUGAAUGACAACAAUCCAGGUCAUUCAGAUAAAUCAGGAGAUGGUUUAGCAGACCUUACGGAAUUAGGUAAGCAAUUUUGCCAGUGGUAUUUCCACAUCUUCAACUCUCAGAAUCCCAUGGCAGAUCAGCCAGCAAAGGAGUGGGGGCCCCAGCACUUUUGGAAGGAUGUGAGACUACUUAUCCUUUCUUACACCGGGGAACAGCAAAAGGAGGAGUUCCACGGAGCAGAACUUGUUUGCCAACGACUUCUAGCCCUUGUGGAAGAAGAGAGGUUAGUUUUCUGUCCUAACCUAGCGCACCCAGGCAUGCAGUGCUUUUCCACGCCUCAUGGAUUGGUGUUGGUGGCAGUUGCUGGAACCAUACAUCGGGAUACCACUUGCCUUGGAAUCUUUGAGCAAGUGUUUGGACUAAUUCGAGCACCAAUGGAUGGAAACAGCUGGAAAAUUAAGUCUUUGCAUCUAAAAAUAAAGGGACAGAUCAGUAGAGAAAAGUUGCCAGAGGUGACAUAUGAUGUAAACGAGAUGCUUCAACUUUUGAUGUAAUGUCCUGUAGGACGUUUAAAAACUAUACUUAAAAAAAAAAGCAUGAUAUGCAUAUUAUUUUACUUUAAAAUAGUUUUUUUCCAUUUUGUUUUCACUCUUGAUAGUUUUAACUUUUGUUAACUCUAUUAUCUCUUAUUGACUUUAAUUAAUCAGUUUAUGGUUUAUGUAUCAGGUUUAAGGACUAUCUGCAAAUGGUAUCUAAGAUGUGCAUAUUUCUUCCGGUCAUUAGAAGAUGACUUAUACAAGUUGUUCAGAAUGAUGCCAGUUUUCUCAGUAAGGCCUUAGUCAUGGUUUUAGAUGUUUGAGGAAAUUGCUUAGUCUGUGAUGUUUCAGUUCCUUUGUGCUUAGUCUACCAAUUUAUAACUGACACUUUUAAGAGACUGGCCCAGAUUUGGCAAUUAAAUAAUGUAUAUGGCACACUUAUACCUUGUGUUGGGUGUUUGUUUGUUUUUUUUAAACUUUACAUGAGUAUUAUUGAAUCGGUGUCAUAAUUUGUUUGUUUUUUUGACAUGUUUCUUUAAAAUCCUGUUCAAUUUGUUAAUGUUAAUAUGUUCAAUAUGUAGUUAUGGAAGAAUUUGAAAAUUGAAAUAUAUAUUUUUAUAGCAGCAUUCUGUGAUAAAACAUUUUAAUUAGACAUUUUAAUUAGACAUAGAGUUAAACAAAGAUCUUUUAAAGAUGUCUUUUAAAACCUUUAAAAACAUGCCUUUUAAAAUGAGUUUUUAAUACCCUAAUAUAGUAAUAACGUGAUGGUCCAAAAAUGUUUUGCUAAAGAUUAUUGAAGAUGAAAUCACUGUUCUUUUUAUGGUCCAGAUGUACUCUUCCCUGUAAAGGCUUUGGUCACUCUUCAAAUCAUUGCUCUAGGUUACAAUGAUUAGUUUGAUGUAAAAUAACUACAAAAUGCUUCUAAAACAGCUACAGUGUAAUUGGGUUUAGUUUAAAACAUAAGUGGUAACCAAAUAGAGAUACAGAAAUAAGAAUUAUUGUAUAGAUUAAUUCUUGGAAUAUAAAAAUAAGGUCUACAUUCUAAAAUGAAUUGUCUAACAGUUCUAUUUUGUGUUAAUCACAAAUGUCUUUUAUCAUGUUAUUCUUUUCUGUGACAUGACCAAUACUGAAAUGCAAGACUGCUAUUACAUCCAUCAGUGCAAAUCCAUUAGGGCAAAUGUGAUAUUCUGCCUAUCCCAAAAUUUAUUUGGAUGCAUUUUGCUGCCAAAUUAUAUAUAUAUAGAGCAUAUUAACAGUAAUAAUGGUCCAGCAUUUUCAUAUUGGUGCCUCUGUACCAAGCAGAGAUGCAGGAAACAUACAAAUAAUAAUAAUUAUUAUUUGAAGGAGAACUACUCAGUUUUUCAUCAGCCAUUUGAUUCAGGUAUCAUGUAUUUGCUAAAAGAAAAGAAAUGGACUAUGUACAUCAGCUCUCUGUGAGAAAAUAUGCUAAUGUCAGUGUUUGGCAACUGGGCACCAAUGGUUUUUUUUCUUGGGUCAUGUGAGAUAGAAAAUUAUUCUUGGCACAGGCUUCAAAGGUUGAGAAUUCUUUAAUAUCUUCUGGAGCUGGUUUUUAAUGCCUGCGUGUUCCAUAUUUGUGGCAAAAGAGGCCACCACAGCCAUUGAUCUUUUUCCUGUUCACCUCACAGAAAGAAAAAUAACAAGCUACUUGCCUUUUGCCUUUAUGGUACUUGGUCUAACUCUUUUAAUAAGUGGUUUGGCUGGUCAUGACGCAUAUGUUCAAAAAUACAGAUCCACUGGCAUCUGUGGAUCAUUGUAACUUUGAGUUUUCUUUAAUGGGGACGUGUAUUUCUCAUAAAGAUUAUACUAGCCCCUUGACAACAAUUAUCAAAUGUUUUGACUUUGUGAACCGCAAUGAAUGUUAUACGUGGUGUACAUAUUUCUUUGAUGCUUAAAUUUUUUUUUAACAAAUCAAAUAAUGGGUGGUCUGUAAACAAAUGUUUAAGAUGAGAAGUGAGCAAUGGAAUUACAGAAAUUGGUAAAACCUAGGACAUGAGAAUUUAUUUUCAAAUAUGUUUUAAUAGAUUAUAUAGAUUCACAGCCAUGUUAGUGAAAAGAGAAUGAUGUCCUCACUCAGAUUAGAUUAAGAUUUCAUGGAGAGGACCGAAACAAUUACAUAUUAACUGCUUAGGGACUUUAGAAACCAUUCUUCAUGUUAAAAUAUAUUUUUAAAAAUAA